AUGGCCCCCUCGUCUGCCGACAAGCAGCAAGCCAAAGCCCAGGGCCAUGCAACGGAGGACAUUGACGGCGAGCACAACGAGUGGAAGUUCCGCGCGCCAUACAAGAUCCACGAGAACGGGCACUUCAAGGCGGUGCUCGAGGGCGGCUGCCACUGCGGGCGCGUCCAAUACCAGUUGAGUCGCGAGCGACCGCUCAAGGCGAAGUUCUGCCACUGCAAGACGUGUCAGCGUAUCCAUGGUAGCGCGCCCUUCCAACACGCAGCCAUCUUUAAAAAGGGGGACAUCAAUUUCCUGAAGGGUCACCAUGAUCUCAAGUGGUACGAGAGCGGGGAGAAGACGACGCGGCAUAAGUUGCCGUGCAAGGUUAGCUGUGCCUACUGUGGUAGCCUGAUCAUGGACGAGGGCCGCAAGAUGAUCUUGCUGUUUCCGGGCUUGAUUGAGUGGGGGGAGGGGGAGAAGGGGAGGGAAAAGAGGGCGGGAUGGGAGGCCGAGUGUCACAUGUUCUACGAGAACCGCGUGGUGGAUAUCCUGGACGGAAAACCGAAGUGGGCGGGUAUGCAGGGGGAGAGCGAACUCAUUGAGGAUAGCCCGCCUGAGGAGAUCAAGAAGAGGAAGAGAGAGAUGGAGGAGGAGGAGGAGAAGCGGGAGCAGGAGAAGAAGAAGGCGAAAAAGGAUGACGGUGCGGAAGAUGGUGGGCCCGAGGUUAAGGAUAGAGAGAAGAAUGGUCGGGCUGAUGAUGAUGGAGAGAAGAUGGUGUUGAGGGAUGGCAAGGAGAAGGCGGCGGGUGGGAAGAACGGUGGUGAGUAA